AUUAUAACUCACAUCGUCACGGAACUCAGUAGGUGUUCAAACAAUAAAGUUUACACUGUCGACUAGCUAGGUCUGCACUCGUCUUGUCGACAGUGUGAUUCAUAAAAGGUGGAUAUUUGCAAACUUUAAAACGUAAUGCAGCAGCAGCCCGAAAGUUUCGUUCUGACACCGUUCCAAAAGUUUUGCAUCAGAUGGAGUGUGUUUUUCGACUCGACCUCGGACCGCCUGUCCAGGAUCGAAACAGUGCUCAGGUCCGUCCAGUUGUCGACGAUCAUGAUCACGUCGGUGCUGACCAUGACUUCGGUGCUGAUCGCCGACAACAAAAAAGCGCUCGAAUCGUUCACGUAUUUCGUGAUAUGCGUGUUCCUGUUGGCCAUCAUCACGUUCGCCAUCCGGACGAAACGCUUCAACCGGGCUAUGCUUCUAAUGGUCGUCGACGAGUUUCCCGGCUACGAGAGGCCCAUGCCCGACGAUCUCAAGCGCAAGAUAUCGGCAAUACGCAAGUCUUACGGCGAAUUCACGAUGAAGGUGAUGGUCUCGUAUCUCACACUGGUCUUGUUCGAAAUACCGGCCACGGCUAUGGUGCCACUGACGGCCGCGCGUCUUACCGACGUCAAGUUGGGUUCGCAGAGCACGCAAAUGGUGGUCCUGUGGUUCCCGGGCGACACUACUCAGAUCGGGACAUAUGUAUUUUCGUUUGUGAUACAGUUUUUGAUCGUCAUGAUCGUAAAGUUCAUCAUUACCGGCAUCAUGUGUUCGUUUUCGUUCUUCGUCAGCCAAAUGAUAUCCGAGUUCCAGAUACUGUCCGCCUACGUCGAGCACGCGGUCGAGAUCGUCGAGUACGAUCUGUCCACCGGCAAGACCACCGACCAGAAGCUCCUGGACCACGUGAAGAGCUGCGUGAUGCUCCAUCACCGGCUGAUCGACUUCAAGGACCAACUGAACGAGAGUUACGGGUACAUCAUACUGCUGGAACUCAUGUUCAGCACGCUCUACUUUUGCCUGUCGGCGUUCAACAUGAUAUUCGUGGGCAACCGGUUCGUCAUAGCCAAAGGCCUGUUGACGCUCUCCAACUACCUGGCCGAGCUGUUCAUAUUCUGCAUGUACGGCAGCAUGGUCGAGGAAGCGCACAUGGGCUUACUUAGGGCCUCGUACUCGGCGGCGUGGUAUUCGCAGCCCGUGCGCUUCCGACGAUCGCUGAUGAUGGUCAUGUCCAGGACGCAAACGCCGUUGCAGUUGACCAUCGGCAAGGUGUUCAUAGCCAACUUGCCGCUGUUCUUGUCCGUGCUCAAGGUCUCCUAUUCGGGCGUCAACGCGCUCAGGGCGGCCAACGCCAAGUAGAGCGGUCGGUUAUACUUUUAUUAUAUCGCGAGAUGGUUCUCUUCCCCUCCCCUCACCACCCACACACAAAGAGUAUUUUCGAUAUGAGUCGAUUUCGAAAUUUUUAUUUUUUAUUCUAUCUUCGCAUGCGCUGUAUUCUACGCGUUAGAACACAGUUCAUUAGAUCGAAUAAUCUUAUUUUCAUAUCUCCAGCUAGUAUGGGUAGGUUUACGCAUUGAAGGCAGCUAUAGUGAUUUAAAUAAAGAAAAUUAUAGUGUUAAAAUUUUUAUUUAUGACCUGAGAUCACAUAAAAUGGCAACGUCAUACCCACAUCAUAUGCAACGCUCCACAGAAUAUAAAAUAUACGUUAAAAUACCUCGCAAACGUGUGUACUUAUAACUUUUUGGCGUAUCGGUAUAAAAUGUAUGUCGGCGCACAUCACAUAUUUAACGACCAAAAAAAUACGUGUGUAAGCGAACGAUCGAAAAACAAAAUAUUUGGCGAAAAAAGAGUAUAAAUAUUAUGUAAUUCAUCUCUUAUUAUUAAAACCUAGUGUUUAGUAAUAGAAUAAUCGUUAUCGUUUUUAUUUUGAAUAACUCAAUUUAUGGUAAAUCAUUAUCUAAGUUCAGUAAUAUUUUGAGUAAGAACUUUUUGGUUUCGAUUUUAUUUUAUUUGAAUAUUCGUCAAAUGUACAUACUAUAGUAAAUAUUAUAUUGAAUACACCCGCAACCGAAUUUAAUGACACCGAUAUAUUAUCCAUAUUGUGUUACUUGUAAGACGAAACAAAACAAAUUAAUAAGAAAAUGAAAAAUACAAAUUUAUUUUUUUAUCAGUGGUAUUAACAUAAUACUUAUAUAUUAUUAUAUAAUUUUACAUAUACUAUACAAUAUACAUGUAAUAUGAUACUAAAUAAAAUUAAUGUAUAGAAAUUCAAUAAUACGGUUUAGAUAAGUGUAAUGAAAUGUUAUAAUGUAAAACAACAGCGAACGUCAGAGCAAUGCGAUUCUAUAUUUUGUAAAAUAUUUUAUAUUCUGUUCUAACCUUCUGAAUUUUGUAGAGUUAAACAUAAAACGUAAACAAAAUAAUUGCACAACCCGUCGAUUAUACACUUUUAGUUUUUUUAUUUCUGUAAUACCUAUAUACUUAUAUUUUAAAUUUUAAAUUAUUCAUUCUUUUAAUUUAUUCUCUUUAAUAAUAAUAUUCAGAGGAGAAUAAAGUCUACAGGCCAAAUGUGGCCAUAAUUUGUAUGAUACAAAUUUACUAAGGGUAAAAUAAAAUAUUUUUAUAUUGAAGACAAGAAUAAUUAUCGAUAGUGGAUUUAUUUAGAGGGAUUACCAAAAAUGUAUAAUAACAAAUGUUAACAAGUGGGGGAUCGACUUUUAAAUCGUCUGUAAUCGAUCGAUCGGUCACGAUCGACCGUUUGGCCACUCCCGCUGGUCGCUAUAGUCAACUAGCUAUACUUUACUUAAUGUUAUACAUUAUUUACAAUUCCUAAAGAAAAAGGUAAAUAUUGAAUGCUUAAUAAUAAACCUUAUAUUCAACGGUGUAUUAAUAAAAAUAGAAUGAGUUCAACAAUAAAUAACAGGAUAAUUUUA